UCAAUGGCAAAGGCGUAGAGCAAAGGGCUCAGCGGGCACCCCUGGUGCACCCCAGAUCCAACCCCAAUGGGUUGCCCAACCCAGCCAUUCACCAACAAGAAGCUCUCAGCCUCCUUAUACAAUGUCUUCAGCCAGCCAAUGAACCUCCCCUCCAAACCAUACCGGUCCAGGAGAUGCCAGAGGUACUCAUGAUUGACUCGGUCAAAGGCCUUAGCCUGGUCCACUGCCAGCAGAAACUUUCCCCAUCCUUCAGCCUUACACCGUUCCAGGGCCUCCCGGACAGCUAACAUGCUGUGAAGGUACUCCUGCCCUG